GCACCGUGGGCUCCGCCGCGAGGGCUCCCAUUUGCCUCGCCGGGCGCUGGGCACGAGGCGCAAUGGGCUGUUCUAGCAGCGCCCAAACCCAGACCCAGGACAGCAACCGGGCGGCUGCAAAACCCAGCGACACCAACGGGCUGCAGAAAUGUGAUGAAAACUUUCCAACCACAGAGGAAAAUGAAACCAUACCUGACCAGACAAAGUUAGAUCACAUGGAGGAGGUGGAUCUCACACCUGAGGAGACAAAACCUAGUGAGAAUCUUCCAGCAGAGGAGCCAGAAGUUUUGAUUCCAGCAGCAGCAGAAUGUGUUAAUUCUAACUAUAAAAGAGUGGAUCUGGAGGGCACUCGACCGCUGGCUGCAGAACGCCUGGGGAGCACUGGACCACCAGCAGAACACAUUGGGAUACCGCCACCUGCGGGACCAGCAAAGGGCACUGGGAUACCGCCACCUGUGGGACCGGCAGAGGGCACUGGGAUACCACCGCCUGCCGAACCGGCAGAGGGCACUGGGAUACUGCCGCCUGCUGAACUUGCAGAGGGAAGUGUCAGCCCUGUAACAGAAAUAGUCAGGAAAGUACAAAGUAACGAAGAGGACCAACUCAUUGAGGGUAAGACGGGAGAAAAAGAGGAAACUGAGAAGCACACUGAGCUAGUAAGUGAGGGGACUGAAACAAAAGAAGAAGAAGAAACAGGAGAAGCUGUGGAUGCUACAGCAGCAACAGAUAGAUCCUCCUGCUUUUUGUUACUAGCAGUUGAAUUCAGCAACAUAACACUAGGAUAAGUGCAAAUUCCAGAGUCAGUGCAAUCAUGUGGAGGCAAUGAAUAACGAGGAAUGAGAGUCAGGUCUAUAUGGACUUCCUCUUCUUGGUCCUGUCAGCUGCUCAAAUGAACAUUCUUUAAUCUAAUGGCUUUUGGGGGAAAAUAUGAGGAUUUUAAAAAGCUUUUAUGGACUUCGCUACAAGCAUUAACAAAUGGCACCAGAAAAAAUCUAAGUAUUUUUCCUGAAGUCAAGUUGCCAAGACUUCAACAAGUAAUUGAAAUAUAUGAACUUUUUACCUAUCUGCCACAGAGUGCCUUUUAUACGCUGUUAAUAGAGUGGAAAGAAUUGUCAUAUAAAACAGUCUAACUGCUCAAUUUUCAUUUAAGAGUUUUCCAGGUUAAAAUGAGUAACUUAAAAUCCAUCUGAGGGACACUUAUAAUUGGUACCAACUAGCAUUAUACAGGAUGCAAAAGAUACAGUACUGCAUGUUGUUUCAAUGUUAGUGCUAGGCUGAGGUCAGAAACAUAGGUCCAGUCCUGAUCCCAAACCUUACACAGGUGAAUAAUUUCAAUGAGUGCAUGGAAUACCCAUGUUUAUCAAGUUGCUCAAGUGCAUAGAUAUAUACAGGAUUAAGACCUGAGAGCACCAUUUAACAGGACCUGGCUAGAUGCAACAAUCAGUUUUUCAAGAAGAUAAAGAAUACAUAGGGUGUGACACUGUAUGAUGACAAAUGUCUUUUGAUGACUUAAAAAAAAAAAAGGUUACCGAUAGGAGAGCAGUAGCACAUACACUUGGGCCUGGUCUACACUACGCGUUUAUACCAAAUUUAGCAGCGUUAAACCGAUUUAACCCUGCA